AUAUUUAGAACAAGAAUUUUGAUGCGAAUAUCACACUGGCUUGUAUUGAAAAGGAUGAGAAUAAGCUUUACUGUUUUAAAACCCGAGCACAUUUGCGUUGUUUCUUCAGGGCUCCAAUCCGGAACGCAGAGAUCCGUCAGUCUGGGGCAGUUGCUCCCACUCGGACUAGUUUACCAUUCAUCUCUCAGCAGCAAUGGCAGCGCUCAGGACGGCACUAAAUGGACGCUUUCUUCAUCCUCUCUCCCUGUCAUGUGGGUCGUUGCGGUUCGUCAGUUCCUCCUUCAAGGCUGCAGAUCUUACUAUAGAGAGGAACCCUGUACUGAAGCCAAAGCCGGACCCUUCGACCCUUGUGUUUGGCAAGCAGUUUUCAGACCACAUGCUGACCAUCAGUUGGUCUGCUGCAGGAGGAUGGGAGACACCUCAGAUCAAGCCUUUCCAGAAUCUGUCCCUUCAUCCUGCUUCCUCAGCCCUGCAUUACUCCAUAGAGCUAUUUGAGGGCAUGAAGGCCUUCCGGGGAGUAGAUAACCGUAUCCGUCUCUUCAGACCUAUGUUGAAUAUGGAGCGAAUGUACCGGAGCUCUGAAAGGAGCUGCCUACCUUUGUUUGAUAAGGUCGAACUGGUUAAGUGUAUCAAUAAGCUGGUCGAGAUCGACCAAGAAUGGGUUCCUUACUCCACAGACGCCAGUCUGUACAUCAGACCCACGUUUAUAGGAACUGAACCUUCUUUAGGUGUGUCUCGAGCUGGUCAGGCUUUGCUCUUUGUCAUUAUUGGACCCGUUGGACCUUAUUUUGCAACUGGAGCCUUUAGUCCGGUGUCUUUGCUGGCAGAUCCUCGAUACGUUCGGGCCUGGAGGGGCGGCGUUGGAGAAUACAAGAUGGGAGGUAACUACGGACCGACAAUCGCCGUUCAGAGCGAGGCGGCCAGGCAGGGCUGCCAGCAGGUCCUCUGGCUGUACGGAGACAAUGAGGAGAUCACUGAGGUCGGAACCAUGAAUCUCUUCAUCUACUGGACCACAGAGAAAGGAGAGAAAGAGCUUGUCACCCCUCCACUUGAUGGCGUCAUUCUUCCAGGAGUCACCAGGCAGGCGCUGCUGGACCUCGCAAGAGAAUGGGGGGACUUCAAAGUGACAGAGCGCCAAGUAUUAAUGCAGGAUCUGAUAGGCGCUUUAGAUGAUGGACGGGUUCUGGAGGUGUUCGGUUCUGGUACUGCUUGUGUGGUGUGUCCAGUUGGCAGUCUGCUCUACAGAGGAAAGACCUACCAAAUUCCUACAAUGAAGAACGGUCCAGACCUGGCCAAGAGAUUCCAUAAGGAGCUCACUGACAUCCAGUAUGGGCGCACUCAGAAGGACUGGGCACCGCUGGUCGUCUAACUGAUCUCAUGCAGGUUUCGUGUCUAAAACCUCUCAUCUCACGUGUUUGUGUGGACUAAAUUGACAGGGGUGUUAUUCUACAGUAACAACAACCUUUCUAAAUGGAAAACCACCUAUUAAAUAUAUAGUCUUUCCAAAUGACUUUACAUCCUGCUUGCACUAGAAAUCGUCCUUAAACCUGUCGAGCACAAGCGUCAUAAGCCAUAUACAAGUAGCUCUAGGUACAAAGGCACAAGCAAAUAUGUUCUCCUUGAUGUAGUUGCUGGUCCUGUCUUUAAGGUUGUCUUUUGUUUUUCCAACCAGUCGUGUUCGCCAUUUCCUAAAAUAGCUGAAAACGUAACUAUCAACAUUUAAAAUUGUAUAUUGAGGGGUAAGAAAUCAGGCAGUUGAGAAGGAUCAGACUUCAGCACAUAUUGAUUUUAAUGUAAAUGUUCAUUCGCUGAGGCUGCUUGUUUAUUUUGUGUAAUGUAAGAGAACGUACUGUCAUGCUUUUCUUACUAUCAAGGGGACAUGCAUUUAUUCAUUUUGCUUCAAUUUAAACCGUUCUGUUUUCUUUUAAAAUACACUAAAUUGGUCUUCUUAUGUCCAAAAUGUAAAGAAACUGUAAAUUAUUGUAUAUGUUUAUCUAGAGGAGGAUGCUACUUCAAGGACAAUAUAUUAUCACCAGAUUUAGAUGAUUUAAAACCGUGAGCUGAACUUAUGCACGCACAAAGGGCUUCAGGACAGCCCAGACAUAGCAGCUCUUAGAGACCACUAGAAAAAUGUUGAUGUGAUAAUCGUAGGUGAUCAUCACUAGGCUGUGUGUGUUGACUAUAUGAUAUCUGGUACAGCAAUGUGACCUUUACAUGUGUGUUAAAUAUGUAAUGUUUGCUGAACAUGUAGAAUUGAUUGGUUUUAACUUAUUUCUGGUGUCGUUUUAGUGGUUAUGGCUAGAAUACACAUCGGCUGUCUUUUUUUUAUUCUUUGUGAACACCCUCUUAUUUCAUUUUUUUUGUCGUCUUCAUUUUAAACUUGCAUUUUAAUCCGUGCACUCCACAUCUCUCUUCUAAGUGCCUGAUGGAGUUGGCUGUUACUUCGUCUCUUGAGUUAUCUUAUACAUUUAUCAUUACUGUGCUGAGGGGGCUGCUGUUGUGUUCAUGGUUGGUUUGUUUUGGUGGUUUUUGGGGGAGAUGUCUUUACUUUUCCUGUUACUGUAUUUUUACAAAUAAACUCCAUUUGCGUCCAAA